GCACGUAACAUCAAGGUUUAAAAACGAAGUGGAGCGGAUGGGUUUUGAUAUGAACAAUGCCUGGAGGAUUUCCAACAUCAAUGAAAAGUACAAGCUGUGUGGUAGCUAUCCACAGGAGCUCAUAGUGCCUGCUUGGAUCACUGACAAAGAACUAGAAAGUGUCGCAAGCUUCAGGUCCUGGAAGCGCAUCCCGGCCGUCGUCUACAGGCACCAGAGCAAUGGAGCUGUCAUUGCCCGCUGUGGACAGCCGGAGGUCAGCUGGUGGGGCUGGCGAAAUGCUGAUGAUGAGCACCUGGUGCAGUCAGUAGCCAAAGCUUGUGCCUCCGACUCCCGAUCCAGUGGCAGCAAGCUGUCAACUAGGAACAGUCCCCGAGACUUCCCCAGUGCAGGAGACCUUUCUGAUGUGGAGUUUGAUUCUUCUCUGUCAAAUGCUUCAGGAGCAGAGAGUUUAGCUGUCCAACCACAGAAGCUUUUGAUCUUGGAUGCACGCUCCUAUGCAGCAGCUGUGGCGAACCGAGCCAAAGGAGGAGGCUGUGAAUGCCCAGAGUAUUACCCGAACUGUGAAGUUGUUUUUAUGGGGAUGGCAAAUAUUCAUUCAAUUCGGAGGAGUUUUCAGUCUCUGCGAUUGCUGUGCACACAGAUGCCAGAUCCGGGAAAUUGGCUCUCAGCUCUUGAAAGUACAAAAUGGCUCCAUCACCUGUCUGUGCUUCUGAAGUCAGCACUUCUGGUAGUGCAUGCUGUGGAUCGUGAUCAACGACCAGUGCUAGCACACUGCUCGGAUGGCUGGGACCGCACCCCGCAGAUUGUGGCAUUGGCUAAGCUCUUGCUGGACCCUUAUUACCGAACCAUAGAGGGUUUCCAGGUCCUCGUGGAGAUGGAGUGGCUGGAUUUUGGCCACAAGUUUGCUGACCGGUGUGGUCAUGGGGAGAACUCGGAUGAUCUGAACGAGCGUUGCCCAGUGUUUUUACAGUGGCUUGACUGUGUUCAUCAGCUUCAGAGGCAAUUUCCGUGCUCUUUUGAGUUCAAUGAAGCAUUCCUUGUGAAACUGGUGCAGCAUACCUAUUCCUGCCUGUUUGGAACAUUCCUGUGCAACAAUGCCAAGGAGAGAGGGGAAAAACAUACUCAGGAACGGACAUGUUCUGUGUGGUCGCUGCUUCGGGCGGGCAACAAGGCUUUCAAAAACCUACUGUAUUCCUCUCAGUCAGAAGCCGUGCUGUACCCUGUGUGCCACGUGCGUAACCUGAUGCUAUGGAGUGCAGUGUACCUGCCCUGCCCAUCCCCGUCCACCCCUGUGGACGACAGCUGUGCACCAUACCCAGCCCCUGGCACCAGCCCUGAUGAUCCACCUCUGAGUCGGCUACCAAAGACUAGAUCAUUUGACAAUCUGACCACAGCCUGCGAGAACACAGUGCCUCUAGCCAGCCGGCGCAGCAGUGACCCAAGCCUGAAUGAGAAGUGGCAGGAGCACCGUCGCUCGCUGGAACUGAGCACUCUGGCUGGUCCUGGAGAGGAGCUUCUGGAUCCUGACAGCCUGGGGAAGCCAGCCAAAGUGCUGGGUGGUGCCGAGCUGUCUGUUGCAGCUGGAGUAGCUGAGGGGCAGAUGGAGAAUAUCCUGCAAGAGGCCACCAAAGAGGAGAGUGGGGUAGAGGAGCCUGCCCACAGGGGGAUGCAGGAGGUCAAAGAGGAGGCUCUUUUAGAAGAGGGGAGCAGG